AUGACAUUAAGCGCGUUCUGCGAAAGCACAAGUGCUGAAACUGUGCACGCUCUUAGGAUUUUAAAAGCCGAAUUCCAAGCCCUCGAGUGCACUCCUGUUUUUGCUAAUGGUAUUAGCAAUAACAAUGUGGACGACGGCGAUAGUGAUACCUACUCAGUCACUUCAAACUCAAGCGCAACCACAGAUUUCUCUACUUUCACCACUUUGACAGAAGAAGGGUUUAUUACUUGUAAUACCUACCUUUGUGAGUCCUGUGCGCAAAGUAUCACAAACCAUAUUCAUGAAACCACUCGAGCAGAUCAAGAGUAUGCAAUUGCUGCCACUCGAGUAUCCCACUCCUGUGAUCUAAAUGGCCGCAGUGAUAUGGUACCUCUCGGACUAUGGCUUGGCAACUGCAUCUGCCUCUCGACCAUUGUGACUGUGUUUUAA